AUGGCCAUGCCUGAUAGUGACAAGACUGCUGCUGAUGGUUUAGCCGAAGAGAGGGAGGUGUCUGGGGCAGAGGGAACGGACCCGUUCCGUAUUGAGGUUGAGUCUGUGAGUCACGAGGACCUGCCAACCGUGGAGAUCCCCACCACCUUCAAUGUCAGCCCCCUCAGUGGCCAGACCAGCGGCUCCUGCUCUCAGGACCUCCAGGACCCCCAUGUACCCACCGCUCCGCUCCAGGAGCCCCCUGCCCCCACCCCAAAGAGCCAGGGCCAGCUCACACCAACCAGCUACCUCCCUUCCAUGCGCUUCAUCAAGGUCCGGCCCUUCAUGCACGAUGACGGCUUGGUGGAGACUAAGACCCUAUGCAGCCAGCUCCUGGCACACUGGCUGCUGCUGGUGAUUGUUGCGUGUGGUCUACUGACCCUGAGUCUAGCCCUAGGCAUUGGGCUUGGAGUGGGAGUCAGCUGCACGGGGAAGUUCCACUGUAGCACAUCCACUUUGUGUUUUGCCAGAUCUGCGCAGUGUGAUGGAGUCAGCGACUGCGCAGAUGGGGAGGACGAACUACAAUGUGUGCGUCUGAGUGGGAGGAGCUCUGUGCUGCAGAUCAACAGUAGGGGUGUAUGGGGGACUGUGUGCUCCACCAACUGGGAUCACACACUGGGUUAUUCGGCCUGCAAACAGAUGGGAUACUCCAGCUACAUCAGUUCCAGAUCCCUGCCCCUCUCCUCUGUCGAGUCGGCCUUCCAGGCUAACCUGGUAUCAGUCAACCUGAGUCAUCCAGAUCGCCAGCAGACUGUCAAGAUCCAUAACACCACCUUCCUCAGUAAGACCCAGUGCAGCUCUGAGAGUGUGAUCGUACUCAAGUGCCUAGAUUGUGGCUCCAGGCCCAUGUUCAGGUCUCGUAUUGUGGGAGGGAACGUCUCCAAACCAGGCCAGUUUCCCUGGCAGGCCAGCCUGCACUAUCAGAACCGACACCUCUGUGGGGGCUCCAUCAUCACACCACGCUGGAUAGUGACAGCAGCACACUGUGUCUACGGGUUUGCAACAAAAACCAUGCUGUGGGCGGUGCAAGUGGGAUUGACAGAUCAGCCGAUCAAUGGGGUGCUGUCUCGCUCUUUGGAGAAGAUUGUCUACCAUGCCCGCUACCAACCAAAGGGCUUAAACUAUGACAUCGCUCUAUUGAAGCUAACAGAGCCUCUUACCUUUAAUGGUCUGGUUGAGCCUAUCUGCCUGCCGAACUAUGGGGAGAGAUUUGAGGAGGGGAAGAUGUGCUGGAUCUCUGGGUGGGGUGCCACAGUGGAUGGAGGGGAGACCAGUGUGUCCAUGCACUCUGCCCAGGUCCCUGUGCUCUCCAGCAGGGACUGCAGUGGACCGGGAGUGUACCAGGGUGCCAUCUCCCCUUGGAUGGUCUGUGCAGGCUACCUAGAGGGGGGCAAAGACUCUUGCCAGGGGGAUAGCGGAGGCCCUCUGGCCUGUGAGGAGUCAUCAGUGUGGAAGCUGGCGGGGGCCACUAGCUGGGGCUAUGGCUGUGCUGGGAAGAACAAUCCUGCCAUGUACACUCUCAUCUCACACGCUCUGACCUGGAUCCACCAGCAGAUGGAGAAAGAAGAGGCACUGAGUCCUUGA